AUGGCAUUAGAUGGACAACAAAAACCUUGUGGGGAAUGUAAAAAUGGAGUAGUCAUGUGUGUUGGAUGUGAAAAACGCUUUUGUUGGUCUCAUAUAAAAGAACAUCGACAAAAACUUGAUAAACAAAUGGACGAUGUUGUACAAGAGCAUAAUCAGCUACGGGAAGUUUUCAAUCCGCAAGGCACUGCACCUCAUCAUCUGUCUGAAAUUGAUAAAUGGGAACAAAAAUCGAUUAACAUUAUUAAAGAUUGGGCCAACCAAGUUCGAGCAGACCUACAGGCAUUUCUGGAUCGUACGAAGCAUCGAUUGUCAGAUUCAUUUGACAACAUGACAAAGAAGUUGAAAUCAAGCCAAUCAUUAAGUGAUUACACCGAAAAAGAACUUGACGAAUGGAUGAGGCAAUUGGAACAACUACGACAGAUGUUUGAGAAGCCACUGAACAUUGAUAUUGUAGAGGAUGCUGCAACAAGUUCAUCGAUUCGUAUGAUCAAAGUGAUCGAGAAAACCAAUAAUCAAGUACGUCCCAUAGAUAAUGCAAUAACAGCAGACACAAGAUUGUCAUCAAUAAUUGUCUCGACAGGUGAGUAA